ACGAGUUGGUCGUCGCCGUAGAGCCAUUAAAGGAUUCAAGUCAGUCACACACGAUCCAUUCACUACCAUCAACAGGCACGUGGUAACCCCGAAUUGUUUAAACAUCCAGUCAAGAAAAUGAAGUUAACGGUGUUGUUACACUGAGUGACACCGUCCCAGUAAUUGCAAAAAUUACUGAAUUGACAUUUUGUGAAUUGUAAAACAUCGGCAAUUAUUUUCUAUCCGUAUCUCCCCGGAACAAGCAGAAUAAUCGGAGGUGACAAGUGAUUGACGGGGGAACGAUAGCAAUUACAGAGGAAUUAGCGGAAGCGAUAUUUCCUUCGUUUUUCUGGGAAUAUGGCACCGACAAUUUGCAUGGCUGAUAUUCCCAAGGCGGGGACCGGUGCACCUUGCGUGAGGAGGAAAUAUUGGCAGGAGAGAGCUAUCAAUAGGCACUCGAGAGUUGAAUUGAAACAGAUAUCUGUUAAAAAUGGAAAUUGGGAGGCUAAUUGUCAGGAGUUAUCUUUACCCGAGGCGAGAAUACCUGAGGAGCCUAAACAGGAACAGUUGAGGAUUCUCGAGAGACGGAGAAAAGAGUUGUUGGACAUUGUCAUCCGGACCCUGAUCCUGGUUCGCCGCAACCACGUACUCCAAAAAAGGGUGGACGCCCUUUGCCUGGAGACCCAGCACUUCAUCAGAUCUCAGUUGAGAAAUCGACAGCCCAAGACUGAAGUUGGUGACGCCUCGAAAGAAGCGGGCACUGUAUCAUCAUCCACCGACGCCAUGGAGGUCGACAACACGAGGCAAAGUAACAAUAAUGAGUCAGAAAUAAUGUCACCAAAUCACGUGACAUCCACCUGCAUUUCAUCGGACACCGACAGCGGUGUAUCGUCCGACUGCUCCUUCUAGGAUCUCAAAAUGCAAUUCCGCAAUUCGUGGAAUUAACGAAAUAAUGCUUUCCAUGAUUUACAGGGAGGGUACGAUGUUCUCCUCGUACUUAUACCAUUUUUCAUAUCACUGCGUAUUAGUAUAACUGAUAUACAUUAAUUACGAUUGGAGAUUAUUCUUAUUCUCAACAUCUCCUGAUUGAGAUAGUGAUUAGUUUCUCCCUUACAACAAGAAAGGAACUCUCAAUUCACGGAGAAUCCUAGACAUUGCUGAUACGAGCAAUUAAAACAUACACUGAGAGAAAAACAACAAAGUUCUCAAACAAGUCUUACUUGCACCAAGAAAAUGGUUUUUUGAAAAUUAUCAAAAAAGGAUUUUUUGUGCAAAAAAUACAGAGAGUGCGUUGGAAUGAAAAAUUUUUGUCGCAAAAAUAGAUUUAGUAGUUAAAAAAAAAAUGCAUUCUCUGUACACGCAAGAAAUGGAAUUUCUAGCAUUACUCCCGAAAAAUUUUGGUUUUAUGCGAAACAAGGGAUAGUAGUUUUUCGUUUCGGCUGUCUAAUAGUC